UAAAAAAAAUAUUAAACAUUUUCGAAAGAAUCCGCGUGUUGUACACAGUUUAAAUAGAUUAAAAUUUAUAUGUAAUAAAGAAUAAAUAUUAUGUUAUGCGUAAAGUCAUAACAAAAAAUACAAACUAAAAUCAGAUUUCCGCGUAAAAUUAGUAACUACAUAACAUAGCACCUCGCGUUGUUUGUCACUAUAUGACGGCAGCCUCGCUAUAUAAGUCCCAUAUCCCUUUAGACAUUCGUCGCUGAAUCAUUUGUCAUCUAAAACGCUCGCAGCAAUGUAUUUAGCAAUAAUUUUACUUACAAUUAUAUCGCAAAAUCUCAUCAACUGCAAUGACAUCAGAUUGGGUUACACGAUGGCGUAUUCUAAGAAGAUUUAUGGUGAAAUUAAGGAGGCAGAACCGGCUCUAUGGAGACGAUCUGAAGACAUUGUUGUGAACGCUCCAAACGACGAGGUCAUCAGUGCGGUGUACGUUACAGAUCUAAGAGACAAUAAGGAUGGAGAAGCUGCUAUCUUAACCGGUGGAAUUGGCGCGAAAUCAGUUACCAUAGAACUUAAAAGUCCAUCUAUUUUACGUGGUUAUAGGUUUGAAGUUGAGGUGUUUUCUAAUAAUCCUAAUCUUAGACUCCAAAGCAAAGGUUACUCGGCUCCUCUAUACGACGGACAGUACGCUAGGAAGUUUUAGAUCAGGUAUUUCAACCCUCAGUUCAUGUCUGGUAAAAAAUUAUCUCUAUAGGUUUAUCUGACGUGAUGAUUAUAUAUAAUAAAACCUAACUAAUUUAG